ACAGAGGCCUCGAAUAGCUUCCGUUUGUCACUGGCGUUGAUUGGACAGUUCAAUAGUCUGCUCUCCACUUGCCCAGUGAGCGGUGUAUACUGGUAGACGAGCUCGGAUAUUAUAUUACACUUCAAUGGAGGAACAGCCCAAAGAUCGGGCACAAGAGAGACGAUAUUACCACCAUGGAGAAGAAAGAAACCCCAUUCAAUACAAAACAUCUCUAAAAAAUGAUCAGAUCUCCUUCCAGUACCAGCAUCAGGAAACGCAGACGAAGAAAACAGGCAAUGGAAAAAUAAACACUGGUGAGGUGGAGGGGGAGAAGAUUCUGUCUGCAAAGGAUUUUGUUGGUAUCCCUCUUCCCACCUACAGCAAUGGUAACAGACAUUUGAUAAAUGCUAACGUAAAACAGAAGUCAAAACGCAAUGUUUUUACCACUCUUUCAAAAGUGGGCUGCAAAGAGGGUCUUGUUCACAAGAAGAAUAUGGACCGCAUAAAUGACAAGGCCCAGGAUUUCACUAAUCACUAUGAGGGAAAGUUUUUGGACAAAAAGGAAUCUGCUUUGUUUCUGAAUGGGGUGGUAAACUCUGCUCAUAUUACAAAUGGUUACUCCAGCAAGUCACCCCCUGAUAAUGAUGGCAGUGGCUCAGAAGGUGGAUAUACUACUCCUAAGAAACGCAAGACCAGACGCAACAGCAUCAAGAACACAGAGCAUGUGACAAGAGAAAGGGAGAGAGUCAUGCAGCAGGGAAAUGCCACACAGGAGCCAGAGGUUUCUGAACUUGAACCAACAGAGAAAUUGGUGAGCUCGCGAAUUCACCAUAAAGCAGAUGCCCAGACAGCAGUCAAGCGGAUGGAUGCUCCAGAGGUGGCUAUGGGUGAACUGCAGAAGAAAAACUCAGACAGUAAGACUGCUGCAGGUGCCUUUGGUAAAAAGUUUGAGAAUAGGCCCAAAGCCAAGCUCUCCUCCUCUUCGAAAGAGGACUCUUGGACUUUAUUCAAGCCCCCUCCAGUAUUUCCUGUGGACAACAGUAGUGCUAAAAUAGUGCCCAAGAUUAGUUAUGCAAGUAAAGUUAAGGAGAACCUCAACAAAGCAGAACAGGCUGGAGGAGAGGUGCAGACUCCUCAGGUGCCUGGUAGACUCUCACAGGUCCCCAUGUCUGCUAUGAAAACCAUCAUCUCAGCUAGCUUUACUAAUGGCCCCGUUUCUGGAGAUGGAAAUAGUUGCCCGUCUGUUGGUACCUUCUUUACUCCUGCUGCUAGUAGUAUUCCGCCAGCCACCUCUCUCCCAUGUGGGGAGAACGUAGCAUCCACUUUGGACAAUGACUAUAACUCUUUAACCAACCCUGCAGCUGUAGAUCUGAGAAAGUGUACUCUUUUCAUUUACCCCCUAAACCCUUUAAAUAUGCAACCUGUGCUCCCUAGUGCUCGCCAAGUGGACACCCAGGCUGCUCAGACAAAUCAGAAAGCCUUGGGGGACAUUUUCCAGAAUCAGUGGGGGCUGUCUUUCAUCAAUGAGCCAAAUGUGGGGCCAGAAGGAGGAAGCGGGCCGGUGGCUGCCAUGGAGGGCAAGGCUGCGGUGGUAACAUUUCAAGGGGAGCAAUGCCCUGCUGCCAAGCCAGGCCUUGACUCUAAUCUAUCAAUCCCAGAGCCUUUGCCUCUCACUUUGGCUCAAGACUCAGAGAAAAGGACUAGUGCCCCAGCUUGCCCACCUGCUACAGUGAAGGGUGAGGAUGGGGAAAAGACUCAGCUGUCUAGACAGGAGAAGACAAAGGGCGAGGCUAAGAGUCCAGGUGCAGUUUUGUUGGCCUCUAAAGACAUUAGUGCUGAGCCUGCCCAGGCCCCCCUGACCAACCUAGUGUUGGGACUGUCUAAAGAGCCGCCCCAUUCUAAGAGCCUGGACAGAGGUAGCUGGGGGUCGUUUGAUCUGAAAGCUGCUGUUACUUAUCACACUAAAGAAAUGGAAUAUGUUUUCAAUUUGCAAAAACAAGAUCCAAAAAGAGUAGUCUGUUAUGACAAGACCAAGGAUGGACCUUAUCAGUGAGGUAGUGAAUGUCAACAAUUACAUGUACCUUCUCCCUACCUGGGUGCUGCAGAUGUCUUCUUUGGCGGUUAUGAUCCCUUUGGAAAACAAAAUCGAGUCAACUGUGAUAUUGGGACAGAAAGAUGCAUGUCCUGUGACAUACAUUUAUUGGAAUACAUAAUGGGAUUUGUUUUUUUGGGGGUGCGUCAGAGAAGAGGAAUAUGACAAGGGAAGGUGUAAUAUGAGGAAAUAUGAAUCCAAUUAUUGGCAUUAAGUUGAGCGCAGGAGCUUCUGCUGACGCUCUGGACUACACAAAGACUCAAAGACUUGAAAUAAAUUUUGGGUGCCUCUCCCAUGUGAAUGGACACUUGUGACACUUUCUGCUGUAAUAGAUGUUGGUCUCAUAGCUCCUUCCUCUGGGUGUUAAGGACAUAAGACUGAGGAAGGCGCAAACUGCACCUCCCGAGCCUUUAUCCUCUUGCCCAUUGAACUGUGGUGACUAUGUCUGACAGUAGGAUGCCUCAAUCGUUUUAUUUCCUCAUGCAUUCAAAUUAGUCCAAUAUAUGUAGAUUUGUGUAUGUGUUAUGAUUUAUGCAUACACAUCAGUAUAUGUGCACAUUUGAAUACAUUUUAAAAGAAAAUGAACUAGAAAUUCUAAGAAUGCCUUGAAAUUGACAAAAUGUGAAGAUUAUGAGAAGGCUGGUAGUAUUGAUAAGCCUGUUAGGCUGCAGGUUAAAUGAGAAAUAUAUAUGUUUAGGGAACGCAUUUGUCUUAAUUACUUUAGUGAAUUAACUAUGCCCAGCAAAGACCUGACUGCUUGGUAUCAGUUUUGACAACUAUUUUACUCUGUUUUGUAUGGUUUAGCGAUUUCAGAUGUGAUCUACAGUAGCAACAAACUCCCAGAGCACAGAUAGAGACGUGUAAAAUCAGAAUGAAACUAAAGCCAUGUCAUAAUCUCGUGGUUCGGUUGUCAGUUUUUGUUAGCCGUGCUAAUCAGUAAAAAAGUUGUGGCAUUAAUUGUCUUCAUCGGAGUUUAGCUUUAUUUGUACUUUUAUUUCUUCUGAAUCCUUGCUGUUUUCAGUCUACAUAUUUCAUUAAUUUCAGAUUAAGAUUGAUGUAGGCUAUUCCUUAAUUUUAGAUGUAGGUUCUCUUGAGCUUUUCACUUGAUUGUGGGAGUUUUCGGGAAGAUGAGAAAAGUGACAUUGUGGAGAAAGGGCUAUCUAUGUAUGUGAUAUUUCAAAAUAACUUUUUUUUUGUUUGGUGUAUUUCAUCAGUAAGGUUCAAAAUGUCUAAUUCAUUAGGCCUGUCUAAGCUAUAUUUGCUGACACCAUGUGGAGAAAUGGCAAAUUUCUUAUUUUCUUGCUCAAGCAAUUUGCUUUUGAUUUGCUGACCAACCUGUUCAGCAUAGUAUCCUAUUUGCCCUUUCAGCAUUUGGUCUUUAAUCUCUCUCUCUCUUACGACAAUGUAUUUCUUGCACGUGUUUACUGGUGUGGAUGAGAUGUGAGAAGUCACAGUAUAAUAUAACCAAGCAAAUAUUAGACAGAAAACAAUCGCAAUACUAAUCAUUUCAUGUCCCAGACCAGCCGCUCUUUGUUAUACUGUGCAUAGAGAUUUGGUGGUGAUGGCGUUUCAUAAUACCGUAUCAUCGAGUUAGUCUUUGAUCAAAGUGACUGUCAAGAGGCCUAAACAUGUCAAGGCAGGCCAAAUUUGGCAAUACAUUGAGUGGACAACCACGAUGUCAUUGGUACUACCAUCUCCCUCUCAGUUGGGUUUUUGGUUUUGCGCUAAGGAAGGACAUUCGCUUCUUUUCUCUAGCAUAAAUUAUUUGGUUGUGUGGAUUAAUAGCACUUUAUUUAACAUAGUUUUUUUUAUCUUUCAAUUACUACAGAUAUACAGUACCAGUCAAGUUUGGACACACCUACUUGUUCAAGGGUUUUUCUUUAUUUGUACUAUUUUCUACAUUGUAGAAUAACAAUGAAGACCUCAAACUAUGAAAACCUAAAAAAAAAGUGUUAAACAAAGUAUCCACUCUUUGCCUUGAUGAAUGUUUUGCACACUCUUGGCAUUCUGUCAACCAGCCUCACCUGGAAUGCUUUUCGAACAGUCUUGAAUGAGUUCCCACAUAUGCUGAGCACUUGUUGGCUGCUUUUCCUUCACUCUGCGGUCCAAACCAUCUCAAUUGGCUUGAGGUUGGGUGAUUGUGGAGGCCAGCACUCCAUCACUCUCCUUCUUGGUCAAAUAGCCAUUACACAGCCUGGAGGUGUCUUGGGGUCAUUGUCUUGUUGAAAAAGAAAUGAUAGUCCCACUAAGCGCAAACCAGAUGGGAUGGCAUAUUGCUGCUGUGGUAGCCAUGCUGGUUAAGUGUGCCUUGAAUUCUAAAUAAAUCACUGACACGUGUCACCAGUAGAGCACCAUCACACCUCCAUGCUUCACGGUGGGAAUCAUACAUGCGGAGAUCAUCCGUUCACCUACUCUGCAUCUCACAAAGACACAGCGGUUAGAACCAGAAAUCUCAAAUUUAGACUCCUCAGACCAAAGGACAGAUUUCCACCGUUCUAAUGUCCAUUGCUCGUGUUUCUUGGUCCAAGUAAGUCUCUUAUUAUUGGUGUCCUUUUAAUAGUGGUUUGUUUGCAGCAAUUCGACCAUGAAGGCCUGAUUCUCCUCUGAACAGUUGAUGCGGAGAUGAUUCUGUUACUUGAACUUUGACGCAUUUAUUUGGGCUGCAAUCUGAGGUGCAGUUAACCCUAAUGAAUGAAUGAAUGAAUAAUGAAGUAAUGAGCUGUUCUUGCCUUAAUAUGGACUUCUGUAUACCACCCCUAACUUGUCACAACGCAACUGAUUGACUCAAACACAUUAAGAAGGAAAGAAAUUCCACAAAUUAAUCGAAGGCACACCUUUUAAUUGAAAUGCAUUCCAGAUGACUGCCUCAUGAAGCUUGUUGAGAGAAUGCCAAGAGUGUGCAAAGCUGUCAAGGCAAAGGGUGGCUACUUUGAAGAAUCUGAACUCUAUUGAGUUAACACUUUUUUUUUUGUUACUACAUGAUUCCAUGUGCUAUUUCAUAGUUUUGAUGUCUUCACUAUUAUUCUACAAUAGUGAAAAUAAAGAGAAACCCUUGAAUGAGUAGGUGUGUCCAAACAUUUGACUGGUACUGUGUAUACAUAUAUUUAUAUAAUGACAUACUAACUUCUAAGAAUGGCUUUGGUUGGACUGUUCUUUUUAAGAAAAAUAAAUGAAUAAAUAUAAAAUGUCACUCAGGUAGCAUUGGUAAAGCCAUGACAAAGUUGGAACAAUUUUGUUUUCUGCCAAAUGGUUCAGAACAAGAUCCUCAUAUUGUGCUCAAAUUUGAAUUGCUAAAAGAUUGAAUUGGAGUCAUAUUUAAUAAUAAAAUACCAAAAUAUUUAGCUUACAGAAAACACUGACAUUGCUUGCAAGCAGCUGUCAUACAUGUUAUGUAGGCUUCAAACUUUUUAAAGUUCUCUGUUUAGGCAAUUUCACUUUAAGCACACUGAUUUGCACCGUUUUCCACCUGUUAUUGGAGAGGGUGAUCUCUUACUGUCCUUGAUUCUUUUGUCAUUCAUGACCUGAAGCACUUCUGUGUUCCCAGUCCAGGUUAUAUGCAAUGGCAGGAAUCUGUCUGUGCUUCCUAGUCCAGCUACAAGAAGGUCACACAUACCCCUGCUGUGUACAAAACUGUGUCUCACAUACACUUAAAGGGCAAUUCUGCCACUUUUCAACCUCAUUCAUCAUCUCCGCACCAUACCAGUGUCUCUACAUAUGAAAAACAUACAUUUCUGUGGUUUAGAAGAAAAGUACUAAAAAAAGUAUUCUCUGUGACAUCACAGGGUAGGUUUUAAAAGUAAGAAACUGAUUUUCCAAAACCAACAAAUUUCUAGCCAGGGGGAGGGUCUUUUCUUGCUCCCCGCGUCAUUGUGAAUCUCAUUGCAUUUGAGAAAUUGCUGUUUGUCAUCAGGUAGAACUUUUUAGUAAUGCACCAUUUUCACAUGUGUAGACACUGGUAUUGUGCUGGAGAUAAUGAAAAGUGGUGAGAUUACCCUUUUUAAGUUACUUCGCUGUGGAAUUCAAAGCAAAGGAUAGACCUCUGGGAUGUGGUAUUUUACUAAGUGUUAUCAGAUGGGGAAACUCCUAUCGAGCAAAAUAAUAUCUUAUUUGGCUAAUGCUGGACAAUGGCGAAAUGUAUCGGUUUUAUUUUUGUCUUGAUCCGCAGUGGGAAUUGUUUUUGCGAUGGACAACCAAGUUUGAAUAGUUUGCAAUGGUGACAUUGACGGCAAAAAAAUAAAAUGUAUAUCUUCUUUUAAAAAUGUUACUUGUACUUUGAAUGUUCAUGCAGUCGAUUUUUAUGUUACUUUACUUGGUUCCCCAAAAUAUUGGAAUAGAAAACACCAGAUCAUACCACGGGGUAAAAAAACUAAACAUGUUUGUAAUUUUCAUAACCCUAAUCUCUUUUUAAAAUGUUUAUCCUGAGUGUGAGAACAAGUAUGCUUCUUUGUGAAAGCGGGCAGGCAAUCUCUUUUGAAGUCGGUGUGUAAAAGUGCUCUAACAGUUCUAAGUACAUAUUAUGUUCAUUGUUUUGAUCCAAACAUGUCCCCUUUUUAUUUGAGUCUUAAGAGGGCUCAUUGAUCUCUAGGGAAAUAACGCGUAAGUUUUCCCCCUUAGAUAUUUUAAAGCACUUAAGUAUAAUGUUUUUUUUUUUUUUUGUAUUUAAGAAAAUAAUAUAGCUAUAUUAAUUCAACGAUAGUGUAAUAGGAUGUAAACCAAAAACUGGUUCUUAAAAGAGGAGUUGGUUUGAGAAAUACUUUGCUACAAGAGAGCGCGUUUGUGCUUUGUGUGGUGAAAGAAAAUUGAGAAAGUGAUUUCUGUCUGUAUUUUCAUCCCCCUUAGGAUGUGCAAUCACCUCAAGGAUUCUCGCACAGUCCUCUGAGUUCUGAAUAGGAGGACUGCUGUUUGAUGUGUGUGUAAAAGUGAGCUCUUCCAAUUAUAUGCAAGUUUCCCCUUUUUUUCCAAGACCCUUGUAUCAUGUGCCUGUGUGAAAAGUAUGCUUUUACAGUGAUUUGGAUAUUUUUUUGUUUGUUUUGAAAAUCAUUUGUGCCAUGUCUUUUUGUUAUAAAAAAAUAAUCUACAUUUGCAAUGUUGUUUAACAUUUUUUACAGCUUCCUUUGCUGCUUCCUUUCACUGACAUGGAAGAAGCUGAAAGCAAUGUGCGUUUUUAGAUCUUUUGAAUACAUUUCACAGCUCAAAAUCGAAUGAUGUGCAACAUCUUUCAGUGGGCUUUUAAUGAAACCUGCUUGGUGGUAUGUUAUAGUCUGUCCGUUAAGUUAGUAGAGCAAUUUUGAAUUUGACUUUUGAAUUGAUCUAACGCAUUAAUGUAUUAACUUUGUAUGUUUUAAUACGCUGUUUUUGUUUUAUUUUGUGUCACUUAAUUUAUUUGUAGAUGCACAACUAGAAUGGAACUAUUUUGCUUCAAAGGAAAAUGAUGGGGAGAAUUAGGCUAAGCUGUCUCGUUUUUUAAAUCUUAACAAGUACCUACUUUUUUUAGACCAUUUCAUUAUUGAAUCUCAAUUCUCAUAAUUUUAUAUAAAUCCCCAAUGUUCAGAUCUUUGUCUGAAAACAAAUGGUAAUGGUGGAGAUAUGAGCACUGAAAGAAAUCCAGAGUGUUCCUAUAAAGAAUUUGUCCCUGAUGUUCUUCAUCACAUGUGUUAAAGGGGAGCGACAUAAAGGGGAUUGAUAUACUGUUUGACAACUCUUAUUUUUUGUUUGCCAAAGGUACUAGUGUACUUUUCAGAUAUUUAGCCGCUGUAUGGUCCAUGCUCUUAGAUUGGAAAGACUGAUGGUUUAAGCCAGCCUUUGUCUGAGCCAACAGCAGCUGAAUGCCACUGUGGGAGUCUGUGUUGGUAUGAGUGAGGACAAAUUUAAAUUAAAUAAAAACAUGUAAAUAGAAAUCACAAAUACCGAAAGUGCUGCUUCUUCAUCCAGUUAUCGAUUGUCUGUAAUGGGAAAUGCUGGACUCGAGGUGAAAAUGGAGCGAACACCGUCUCCCAUGCCUCCUGUAAAAACAUUUGGAGGGGGGGGCCUAUUUUGUUUACUCUCUUUGGCACAUGAGAGCUAUUUGUAGAUGCACAUUAUGUUAAAGACAAGUGAAAAGUGUUUAUUUCUGGGGCUCCACAGUAGCUUUUUGAAAGAUGGUGUUGUCAUACUGAGAUGUGUGUCUGAAGAAAACAGCUGUGUGUGGUGCCAAGUCCAUCUUUGUACUCUUUCUCUCUGUCAUCUCUGUGCCUGUUGAUGGAUUAUCAACUGGCUCCUAGGAAAUUUGCCCCUCAGAAUUUGAGGCAUUUACAAGUUUUUAGUGUGAAAUGGUUUUAUUUUCAGAAUUUAACAAAUGCAUUUUUUUUUUUGCAUGAUAAUAGCCCUCAAUUUCCAAAUAAAUGCAAGAAAUUCAGUGUUCACAAUUUCAGUUUCCAUUAAACUGUCAAAUGUUCUUUAAAAAUCC